AUGCUUCUGCGCCAGAGAUGUAUUCUUUUGGAUACGGUCACAGAGGAAAUGAGGGAAGAGUUAGGAUCACACACCCCAGCUUCUAUCCACACGCCAUCAGCAAUAACAUCUCACCACGCCAAUUACUCCUCGAUCUGUUGGCACCAACAGCGUGGCAUCAGCCCGUUGAUGAUUUCUAAGCUUCACCAAGAAGUGACACAGGCCAGUCUAGCGGGUGCUCCGCCGCCCCCGAGUAUCUAUGUACAGUAUAUUGUAAAACCGAGUCCCUGCAAGAACCAAUUGGCACUCUCAAGUUCAGAGAGUGGAGGCGAACGGAAAGGGUCUGGCUGGCGGCGGAAAUACUGCGAAGAUAUCGUGAGGAUUGACAUCACCCGGCUUUAA